UUAAAGAGCUGCAGAAAAAAGGGCAGAAAUCUUAACCAAGAGAAGACGAGAGAAACUUCACCCGCACCGUCCUUCUCAUCUGCCAACUCUCUCCGUCGAACCCACUUCCCACGUUUUUCUUCGCGCCAAAGCCACCGAAUCCGUCAAUCGUCGGAGCAAUUUCCAUAAAAAAGGCAAACCCUCUGCGAUCGCACUCUCAAGGUUUUCCUAAGAUGAGUCCGAAAGGGUUGAUUUAUAGCUUUGUAGCCAAAGGGACUGUUGUGCUCGCAGAACACACCCCUUAUUCUGGAAAUUUCAGCACUAUUGCCGUCCAGUGCUUGCAGAAGCUUCCUUCCAGCAGCAGCAAGUACACAUACUCUUGUGAUGGCCACACCUUCAAUUUCCUCCUCGACAGUGGAUUUGUCUUCCUUGUUGUUGCUGAUGAAUCGAUGGGAAGAAGUGUACCUUUUGUGUUUCUCGAGAAGGUGAAGGAUGAUUUCAAGCAACGAUAUGGUGAUAGCAUCAAGAAUGAUGACCAACACACUCUAGCCGAUGAAUAUGAUGAGGAGGAUGAUUUAUUUGAAGAUCGAUUUAGCAUUGCAUACAAUCUAGAUCGGGAGUUUGGGCCGAAGCUUAAAGAGCACAUGGAGUAUUGUAUGAAUCAUCCAGAAGAAAUGAAUAAGAUGUCCAAAUUGAAGGCUCAAAUAACAGAGGUUAAAGGAAUUAUGAUGGAUAAUAUCGAGAAGGUUCUAGAUCGUGGUGAGAAAAUAGAAUUGCUGGUAGAUAAAACUGAAAACCUUCAGUUCCAGGCCGACAGCUUCCAAAGGCAAGGGAGGCAGCUACGUCGGAAAAUGUGGUUGCAGAGCCUUCACAUGAAGCUGAUGGUUGGAGGAGCUAUUCUCAUCCUAAUUUGCCUUAUCUGGCUUAUGUUCCGUUGACAUUUUCAUCAAUGUGUUGGAUGACAUUAUUGUUUUUCACUUCUGUACAAAAAUUGGGAAGUCUAGCACUUACAUAUAUAUAACUUGUGUUCCAUUUUGAAUGUACUUCA